GAGCCUGAUGGGAAUUGUAGUCGUUAGGGAAUUUGAACUUCCUGGUUUGACGAGAAGAAAAAGCAGAAGUUAUUCUCGUCUCUAAAAAGUUGUUUUUAACUAAGUUGUGUACCCGUCCGGUGUUCAGGUAGCACCAACGUCGCCAUAGACGGGAUGUCUCUGAUGGAGUCUCCUCCCGUGAGGCCAAUCACAGCUGUGGCCUGGAGCUCCAACACCUCCACCUGUCCUCGAGCCUUCACCCUGAUCAGUAUAGCAGAGGAUGGAGCACCAGCUAACUUCUCUCGUGGAAUCAUGAAGUCUAGUUACUUCCUUUGUUACAGCAAGGAGACUUCAGGGGGGCUGGUGGUGUGUGAUAUUCAGGUGAUCUCAGACAAGGAGCUUCUUCCUCAUGGUUACUGCUACAUCCCUGAACACAUGGAGCCCAAGGCGUCUGUGUUUAAGAAGAAGCGUGUGUGUGUGUAUCUGGUCCCACUGGCCAGCGUGCACACAGCCGUACUGGACCUCCGUCUGACCGCCAAGAGCAGAAUGAUGCUGCAGCACUACACCUGCGCAGGGGACAUGAAUGGUUAUGUGUUGUGGUGUAAGAAAGGGCCGUUCAGAAUCCCUGCCCCCCAGGCCAAGCCUCGCUCCCUCAGCCUCGACGUCCAGCAGCUGUCUCUGGACCCCCCGGCCCUGCCCCUGCGCCCCAGCAACGCCCCACCCCUGCCCCCUGGGAAGAUCAGCCAUCGUCGUGGCACCCUCCAAUCAGACGCCUCGGUGGAGAAAGAUGGUGACAGUGGCCACAUCUACGGCUACACAGCCAUAGAUGGGGUCCCAUUCUCUCUGCACCCCAGGUUUGAGACCCAGGCUGGCAACAUGAACUCUACAAACACUCAACUGACCAACAUUCGUAUCAAGUCUGUGCAGGACAUUGAAAAUGAGUACAACUAUCCGUUCACUGUGGAGGAGACCACUGCCAGGAGGACACGGCCCUCUCUCUCUACAGGAAGUACAUCAUAGACCCUGACCCCUGACCCCCUGCUCAGCCAGCCUGCUCCUUGUCCUUCUACUCCCCCCUCGCCUUCUCUCCUCUGCUCUCCUCUUUCUCGUCAGACAGACCUGUGAUGAUGCACAGGGUUAGCACUGCCAGACAGACCUCUGAUGAGGAUGAUGACAGUGCUGUCAUACUUACAUGACAGAAUUAUGAAAGUGAGCAGUUUAACAGAAAUGUUAUAUAUUUAAACAUUCCAUCCUGCCAGACAUUCUAUUUAAACAUUCCAUCCUGCCAGACAUUCUAUUUAAACAUUCCAUACUGCCAGAUGUUUUACAUGUUCAGACUACUGCUGAGAACUAACUUGUAUGCUUGUACUUGUGCAUGAGUCUGCAAGCAUAUUGACUUGUGAAAGUACCAUACACUACAGAGUCUCUGACCGAUUUAAACUGUUAUUCUGUUAGAUACUGUUAGACAAUCUAUAUGUUCACAUAUUCUCUACAUUUAAACCAUUUCAUCAUGUUACAUCUGGAACUGUUCCACUAGAAAAUGUGUCUGUUCUUGGGAAAUUUCCAGAUAUAUGUUGUGUUCAUGUCUAGUGAGUAUACAAGUGUGUAUUCGCUAUAUAAAUGCAGUCCAUUUAUUCUGUAUAGCAGCCAUUCCAGACCUUUUCCACUUUGCGGCACACUUGCAUAGCUCAAAUAUUUUUGCGGCCGCCCAACACAUCCGUUCACUUAAUUGGCGCUUAUCACAUGUUUAACAACACCCCGGGAACCCAACAGUUCGCUUUCAUGGCAAAAUUUAUUUGAGCGAUUAAAGAAGACAAAGUGUCCAUCAGUGCCACACUAAGCACACAUUGUGAAGAGAGGUAACCUGCGUAACAUGGCCAGGUCAGGUCUAUAACUUCCGGUGAAGUUAGAAACGUGACUUUUAAUAACCAGAACAGGUUGUUAACCCUUAGUUAUUGCUCUCUUAUUAACCCUGCACUCAGAUUGUGCGACUCCUCACUUUGUUUUCUCUCCCGUUUCCUGAUUUUUGUUAGAAACUGAAACAUGUUACAUUACCCAUAGGGAACAAAUAUGACAGACCAAUUAUUAUUAUGUAAAUUAACAUUAAGGACUAGCAAGCAAGCUGACAGAUAAUUGAGUAGAUUAUGUAGCAAAAAAAUGUUAGCUAGCCUAACAGUCUUGCUAGAGCUAGCUUGCUACUUUUACUGUGUGAGUUAUUGUCAUCUUCGUUGUCGAUGAAGCUCGAAACGUACAAUUUGAACCCCUUUUCCUCUUGCUUAAAGGGCAGCAACAAAGACUCUUGUACAUCGUUUAUUGUUAUUUUGGGAAGACAACCCGAGGCCUGUUCCAUAAAGCGAGUUUACCGAAUAAGCCAGAUUUAUGUCAGUUAGUCGGACUCAUUUCAAGUUAAUUCGGUUCCAUAAAGCUAGCUCAACGUAGUUCGAACUCGGUUACUAUGGCAAUUUAGGCUGCGAAACUAGUCUGGUCCGGGGCAGGCUAACUGUCAGGCUUAGCGUGACUUGGUGCUUAACCAGACCUUCCUGUAACACUGACCCAACGGGAAAACGAUGAUUUACCACGGAUAUUCUCAUUUUCUUAUUCUCAUCAGUUCAAUAUGCUCAACAUUGAUAGAAAAUCACUUAACCCUCGUGCUGCCUUCGGGUCACAUGACCCAAAGGUUCAUAACGAACCAUCAUUGUGUUUACCCAAUUUUACCCAAUACAAAAACAAAUAAAAAUAAUUUUCUUUUAACCUUCGCAAUGUGGGGGGUCUGAGACAGCCCGACGGUUAAAAGAAAAUGCUUCACUUUGUUUUUGUAUGCGGUAAAGUUGUCGCAAUACGACGGUGGGUCACAAUGACUGAUGGGUCAGAACGACCCGAGGAGAACACAAGGGUUAAAUAGCCUACAUAUGCUACAACAUUUAGCCUAAUGCAUUAAACGGUGAUGAACAAUGAUUUGAUACACGCCACGUUAAACGUAGCCUAUGGCUUGCCUAGUUUGUGAUUUUAAAUGUUUAGGCAUCAGGCAUAGGCCUAUCUCAAUCUAAAUUAUCUGAGUAUAAUUAGCAUAGCUGUAUAGUUGUUAACAGUAGUAUACAAUUGCAAAACAAACCUAAAUCCAUAGGCUACAUCUAUCAAUUUUCCCGACACGACCAUGUUAAAAAGUUAGGCUACUGGGUAAUGUAUUGAUUAAUAGUAGGCUAUUUAUUUAAAACAAUGUCAAAAAAGUAAAUUUACAUGUGUUUAGAUGGUGUCUGUUUUUUAAUCAACGAAGUAACUAAAGGUCUAAAAAAGGACCUCGACCUACGUAGCCUAUCGUUCACGUCAAUCAUGGCGUGUCGUUUCAUUUUGAUGAAGCGGUGGAUGAGGGAGCUGUCAUAGUAGGCUACAAGGCUUAAAGGGAACGUUCUUUCUGGAAGAAGUCACGUGGCCGUGUGCAUUGCUUUUGCCGUGGUGGAUUGUAUGAUCCAUGUUUUACCUCUCGUGCUGUUUAAGAAUAGGGUGCACGCGCAAUUAGCUUGACUACUUAAAUCUGACUUGAAUUAGUAGGACUGCGUGAGCUGAAAUUGGCCUUUAUGGAACCGCUUUAGCCCCGCUUGACUUGUUAAGCUAAUUCAAGUCUGGUUUGGGACUUUUAAGUCCAACUUAUUUGAGCGGCCUUUAUGGAACAGGCCCCGUUCUCCUUGUUCAGAACAGCAUUUUGUGUUUCAGAACUAACGUAACUGCUCGCCACUGGAACUUGUUGACCUAGGUUGUGCAAUAGGCGGAAGUGAAGCGUGCAUACUGAAUUGAAUUGGGCUAUGCAAGUUAAGGUGGAAAUGUCAGUAGGUCUUUUGUCAACAUGCCAGGCGUAACUAUUAGGCUAGUGUUUUGGUCAUGAUGAUUCUGACAAUGUAAAAAGGUUGAUGUUACUGUUAGGUGAUGAUGAAUUAAAGGCUAAAUGUAAUUUUAAAAUUUGUAAGAAUUUUCAAUCAACAUUUGAAAUAUUUUGAUAUUUAUUCAUUUUUAAUACUUUAGUUUUCAUUGGUUUAGCGGCCCACCCUAUUAUUUAUAUGCUUAUAUAUAGGUUAGUAUUACCCUAGCGGAUCACUAUUGGGCCGCGACCAAUAGGUUGGGAAUCUCUGCUUGUGCAUGUGUAUGUCUUUGUGGUUGGAACGAUCUCACGUUUGUUUCUGCACGCUCUGAGUGUUACUCUUUUCCCCGUUUCGGGGCGCUGUCAUUGACUCGUUAUCUCUACUUUCAUAAAGGAAAUAAAAAACAAAAAUGUU